ACACUUUAACAUAAACACAAAACAAACCUGACGAGUGCAACGCUGAAUACUGAUGCAACUGUAGUUGCGCUGUACUUAGUGUUUGCUUUGUUGUUUUGGUGCUGUAAGAUUAUGUAUUGUGUGGUCUCUAAAUAGCGAAUAGUGAUAUGUUCCAAAAUACGUUACAUAUAUCUUGAUUAGUUUUAAAAAAGAAGAAAGUUUAGCUUAAGUUAAACUUUUGAUCUGUGAAUGUCAUCGAAGUGGUGCAUAAAGGAAUGAAUAACAAACUGAUAAAAUGGAUAUCAAGAAGCGGAUGCUAUUGCAACACCACAUGCAGGAUAUCGUCAAAGAUCUAGACGUUAAUCACAUACUUGAUGAACUGUUCACGAAAAAUGUCAUAUCCAACGAGGAUUUCGAUCACAUAUACAACUUGCCGGAUAGGGUAGAACGUGCUAGAUUUCUCAUAGGCAUUAUACUGACCAGCAAUAAUAAUGCAUAUGAAGCUUUCGUGGGUAGCUUGCAAAAGGAUUACAAAUGGUUGUAUGAAAAGUUGUCAGUAGAAAACAAUCAAGCCAUGAUAGAAGAUAGCUUCGAAGACUGUCUAAGUAGGGGGGAUGUGCCGCGGCUGCCAGAUCACUUUAUCAGUAGAGCUUCUUUGGAAAGGGAAUUACAUUCUAAAUUAAAAAUCCUUUCGCGUCAUAAGAUCCUGGUUCUCUAUGGGAUGCCAGGUUGUGGUAAAACGGUGUUGGCUAUCAGCGUUCUGAGGAAAGAAUCAACGCUCAUCAUGAACGACUUCAACGGCGUUGUAUUCUGGCUCAACCUUAGCAACUGUAAGACUGAAGACGAUGUCAUUGCUCAACAGAACAGGUUAUACCGCAAGGCGUCGCUAAUGUUCAACCAGAAUUCGUUCAUGAAUUCAUCGAUGUCUCUAUCCAGUGCGUGUUCAAGAGGAGAUUCGUUAUCUAAUUAUGAUCAUACCAGUGAGGAAUUGAAGCAUAACUUAAAACUGCAAUUUUCCGGAGAGCCCUUGAAGGAGGCCUUGCUGGUGUUGGACGAAGUCAAUGAAAAGAACAUUCUAGAAGCUUUCGAUAUCGGCUGCAAAAUACUCGUAACUACUAGAGACAGAGAAGUCUUCGUCAACUUUGAUUCCCAGAUUGUAGAAGUAGAAAAUCACUUUUCUGAGACGGAAUCAUUAGAGUUGUUUGCUUCGUGUCUUGGUGUAGAGGCUGCGAAGCUACCGAGACAAGCGAAGAAGUUACACGAAGUUUGUAAAGGAAGUCCAUUUCAUAUAGCAUUGAUUGUGGCUGAACUAGCCGAAAAUAAAGAACGUCUGAUAAACGACCCGCAGAGGUGGAAUUAUUAUAUUGAUAAGCUGAGAAAAAAGGAACUAUUCUCUCUACCGAGACGAGAGAAACCAAUGAAGACCGUCGAAGUGUGCAUUAACUUGCUCAAACCGGAAAUGCUGGCGUUAUUCAAGAUGCUAACAAUAUUGCCAUACAACACUAAGAUAUCAACUAAAGUACUCAGCAGACUGUGGAACAAAAGUAUAAUAGAAGUUGAGAGCAUAACGAAACAGCUGAGAAGUAAAUCAUUGAUCAUGGAGUUCUACGACAGGGACCAAAAGAAUUACACCUACGAAAUACACGACUUGAUCAUGAGCUAUCUCAUAUCGAGUUCCAACGACGACGAAGUUAGGAAUAUGCACCUGAAUUUCCUCAGAAACUAUGAUUACGAUGUCUCGAACGGCGUGCCUGUAGAAAUAGCCGAUGAUGGAUACAUAGCGUUCCACAUCGGUUACCAUUUAGCCAAAACGAGAAACGCAGGCAAUAUGUGGGAUUUGUUCAAUAAACUGUAUCUAGAUUUGAGAUUUUUAGGUAACAAAGUCAGACUAACCGGCUCAGCUGAUGUUAUAUUGGAUUUGGAAACUUACGAAAAGUAUAUUACGAAAAAUUGUGAGCUCGAUACAAGACUAUUAUACAGUAUCAAAGAAUUUCUCAUAAGACACGGAACGGAUCUCUACAGGUAUCCAUGCACGGAUAUAGUACAAAGCAUACUACAGAACGAAAGCAAGGGAAUCCUCUAUACUAAAGCCAGUCAGAUCGCUAAAGAGAGAUGCGCGAAAAACGAACUGUACUUUGAGUUUUUACACGAACAAAAUGUAGAAGAAAUCAAACAUUCCACAAUAGAUGUGAAGGAGAAAAUAACUUGUGUGUGCUUCUUCUUCAAAUAUGUUCUGAUUGGAACUGCCACCGGGGCUAUUAAGCUGUUCGAGCUGAACACCAACAAGCUAGUGCGCUCUCUCCAGCUGCAAUCUUCAGUACGUGCGAUGUCUCCGCGCCUAUCGUCCCCUGCAGCGCUUGCAGCGCUAGAACACAGCGGUGUGUUGCGGCUGUGGUACGACCUGCAGCCGGAAAGUGAUCACGACAGUGACGUCAUCGAAGAAGAAUGUGAAGAAAGCUUCAACAAUAACUACCUUACCAACAAAACAAUACAACCCAAACUGGGACCGUUUCUGAACUGCCGCUGGGCAAAUGACUUCUUAGUAACACACACUUCAGAAAUAAUCAUAAUAUAUUCAAUAAACGCUGAGGUACUUCAAGUGUUGGACAACCUAUCACGAGAUGUUGAUAUCCUGUGCUGUAUUCCAUGUAACUUUGAUAAAAACGUUAUAUUCGCAACGCCGCGGAAUCUAGAAAUCGUCAAUUUGAAGACUAAAGAGAAACAAGUCUUUGAAACAACGGACAUCGUUUUAAACAUCCUGACUGUACCCGGCAGUAACAGAAUUCUUACCUUAAAUGAAAAUGAAGUCACAGAAUACGAAUUCAAAAUGUCUUUCAAACACAAAGAGAACAGGAGAGGGAAGACUGUCGUUUCAAGCAACGCUGUUAAAGAGAACAUAUUAUUUAUAUCGAUGGCCGUCAACAACACCGGCACGCUGUUGUUCGUGUCAACAAACGACAACAGAAUUAUUUGUGUCGAUCUGAAAACGAAUUCAUAUAUAUUUGAUCUACAGAAUAGGAGAGGGAACGUGACAUGUAUGUCUGUAUGCGAGGUGUCCGAGCCUGAAUACUUAGAAGGAUCGGAUCUGUUGUUGACUGGCUCCGGACAACACGAGGACACCGCCAAGGUUUGGUACAUGGAAGCUGGCUACGUCGCCGCUAACACUCAUAGGAAUAGCAAAGCUCGUCUAACAACUAAAUUCGACGCUAAUUUUGUAGCUGUAUCGACACCGAACGAUACUUCAACCAACAGCUCCACAACCACGCCGAAGAGACAUCAUUCGUUUGCGAACCAACACGAGGUUGUCAAAAAAGUUGUCAAAACCACCAUGAGCCUUGACAGGCAUACACUGAAACCGUUGAACUUGGAUGGGAUUUGUAACGGCACUAGCAGCAAUGGGAUGCAACCUCUAUUGGCGAUUGUUGAUGACAAAAAUAACAUACAGAUAAUGCGUGGCAGGAAGCUCAUAGCAGAGAUAUCAUCGUAUUCAGACCAACAGGUCACAGCGGUUCGUAUAUCGCCGUGCAACCACUACGUUAUCUACGGACUCAGUUCCGGUAUUGUGAAGAAAUUUAUCGUUCGCUCCAAGGAGAUCAAGGAUAUAAUGGACGUGAACAGCCCCGUGAUGUAUAUGAGCUUUGUUAACAGCAACAUGUUGAUAGUGGCCGGGGAGAACAAAUGUCUGAUGGCCUACAGACUCACUGACAACGGUGAAUGGGAACCGCUCAUGCUGAUGCGGGGCAACACUGAUCUAGGAUCGCAGGAACUAUUGAAUGAUAUACAAGGAGUUAAAAAGAAACCGCAACAGUUGUCAAGUAUAGACAGCGAGAGCAGUAUCAACUCAAGGGAGUUUUACUUCAAUUCCGUCACAUCUAAGCUCUGCAAGGGAAGUAGUUUGGUGGACUGUUACUGGAUACAAGGCAUGGGCCUUGUCACCAUAGAGUCAAACGCAACCAUCAAGCUGUGGGACGAAAACCUGGAGUUAGACAAAGUGUUGCACGGAAAACAAACAGCCCCCAUACAGAGCAAAGACGUACGACUGUGUUGUUCCGAUUACAAGAAGAAUAUACUGGUCAUAUGUGACUAUUCCAAUGAGUGUUUUCAGACAUUCGAAGUCAGACACGGACAAAUGAAUCUGAUACAAGAAUACGAACUCAAGAAAAAGAUAUACUCAUGUGCUCUCACAGAUGACGGAAAUAUACUGGCGCUGGGACUUGAAUCAGGGGAUGUUGUGCUAUGGAGCGUGUCGAACAAACGUUUGCUGGAGGUGUUGAAGCAUCAUUCGUCGCGGGUCCAGUGUUGUUGUUUCUCUCCGGUGCCGUAUAGACGCGGCCGGCCGGGAGCGCUCUCCCCCGCGGGGACCCCCGGGGACGACGAGCCGCCUCUAGUACUAGUGACCAUGACAGCUGAUGUAGUAUGGUGGGAUGUCAGCUACAUCAUACGGAGAAGACUCAAUAGAAACUUGAGAACGGGCAGAACCAUACUCACACCUCUACCGAGUCCAAUGGAAUUCAAAAAUGAAAUACAAUCAGACGAUAACGCCAACAAGAAUAAUUAUUUCUUCAACGAUAACUUACUGAAUCCAACGCAAAUGUGGAAAGCUAAUUGGAAACAUAAAACAUAUAAAGAAGGUUCAAAGAGGAAGGAAAUCCUUGCGUGUAUCAAGCUAUCAGGGAUGAACGCCAAGAAGAUCUGCCACGAUGAGAAGUUCUCCUGUUUCGUGACAGUCGACAACCCUGGCCUUAUAUACAUUAUGACGCUUAUGGGUUCCGUUUAGUAAUUUAAAUAAAUCAUGACGUCAUGGGUUGGAUUUAGUAUUGCAUUUAUAAUAUUAAUUCCAUAUAACGUUAGAACAAUUCCAGUUUUAUAUUAGCAAAUUUAAAUUAUGCAAUGAUAACUUUUGUAGCUUAACAUUAUUGGAUAUAAUAUCGUAACAUGUAAGCGCAUUUAAAUAGAGAAUAAGAUAAGUAGAUGAAUGAUCAAAGUAUACAAUUUUAUUAUUUUUAAUUAAGGAAAUUGAGAUCUAUUUUUUUUUAAAGUCGACGCUCUCUUUCCGAGUGAUAUGUACAUAACUGUGUUUGAUAUAAACUAGUUAUAUUUAAGUUUUAAUAAACAAGUUAGUCAAAUAUAAGCUGCCAUUAAACACAUACGUAAUAUUGUAUUUCACAUAUGCAUGUUUGACAACGAAUUUUAAAUAAUUAUAUCUCUGUCUAGUAACAAUUUGCAGGAUUCAAGUAAAUGCCAAAUAAUCUGUAUGUUUUAUACUUACAAUUUUUUAUAUUAUGUGUAUCAGAAGACUUAACUCGUGCUGAGAUCACUGCCGGUUUCCAAAAAAAACAAAAUGAAGCGCACAAUUUUACGUAAAUGUAUCCGUAUUAUUAAGUAUUGUACUUUUUAUCAUAACGAAUAAAUCCACCAGUUCGGUUUAAUUAUUUAAAUAUUAUUGUAAUGAAAUUUAUAUUAACAUAGGACUCUUAAUAAUACAGUGUCUGAUAGAAAAAAAAUGUUACAAACCACUCUGUGAUUAUUUCCCAGAGUUGUGCCAUUUUAUCAGAAUUUGUAAAUAAUGAAUGAUUAUUAAUAAUAAUAAUUUUUAUGUAUUUUAUAUAAAGUUAAUAUGAAAUGGUGCUAUAAUGUCGGAUUUGAUGUAUCAUAGAUUUGGAAGUUGUAUGUUGGCUGUUAUGAUCACCAUUUGUUAUCGAAACAUUUAAGAUCAAUUAGUAUUAAGAACAACGCUCAAAGAACGCAUUUGCUUUUCUGUUCCUAACUGUGCUAUAUUUUAAUUCAGCGGAAACGUUUUACGAUCAAACGAUUUUUUUUAUACCAUUGAAACAAUACUCUUUUUAUGUGUUCUAAAAUAUUUUUUAUGAUUAAUUAUGAAUAAUUUAUAAUACGUAAUUGUUACAGCAAUAUUGCUCCAUAAUAAAACUUAAUUACGAAGGUGAUAUUAUUACGUAUCAUUAUUUAUUAUUCAAACUUAAUGCAAUAAAUAUUAAAAAAAUCUAUUUUUAGAUAUUUUAGAUAGUACAUUAUUUUGAGAAUAAUUCUUUACAUUCAAUAAAACCGUUUUUGUA